AUGGAGAACACCUCAUUUCUUUUCCUUAAAAUAGCACAAAAUCCAUCUUCCUCUAAAUCUCCGGAGAACGACAACCCUAAAAAUCGAGACAAAUCAAAACAAACAGCGCUCCCAAAUGCUCAGACUAAUCCAAACUACACCAAAACCAAAACCUUUGCCAACGUUGUUUCCAAUGUCUGCAAUAUACCUCAAAGUCAGUUUCCAGUACCUUGCUUAAAAGGAGACAGGAUAACAAUCACCAUUUCAGAAGAGGAAUACAAGAUUGGUCUUCAAGCCUGCCGACACAACCUACAUGGUAGGAUUGUUUGGCCCAGAGGUUCUACUCCGACAACUGUUGCUAGCAUCAGGACUACGCUGCUUUCUCAAUGGUCGUUCUUAUCCAAGUGGGGGAUAACUUCGCUUGGUAAAGGUUUUUACGAAUUCUCCUUUUCCAACCUUGAAGAUGCUCGGAGAGUAAGGUCUGUCAACACUUGGAACUUGAACCCAGGUACUCUCAAGCUCUUUCCAUGGACAAAAGACUUUGUGCCAUCCAAUGUUAACCUAACCUCUGCCCAAGUCUGGGUAAGGAUACACGGUCUGUCACAAGAAUAUUGGAGACCUAACAUCAUUUUCGCUAUUGCCAGCAGCUUAGGGACUCCCAUUUGUAUUGACUCGACUUCUAGUAAGCCAGCUUUUGAUCGUUCUUUCGGCCAUUUUGUUAGGGUUCUGGUUGACAGAGAAUUAGCUAAGGAUCUUAUCUACAAAAUCCUGGUGGAGAGGAUAGGAUUUGCUUUCUUUGUUGAAGUAGAAUAUGAGAAACUCCCAUAA